AUGUUUUUCUUGAUUGGAUUAAAGGAAUUUAACAAGCCGCUCAAAGAAGGCGGGAAUGUUAGUUGUUACUGUGGUAAUUGCCACAAUCAAUCGGCUCAUGCCAUUAGAACUAUAAAUUGUGUCAGUUUAUUUUUCAUUCCGAUACUUCCGUUUUACUUUUCCAAAAGAUUGAAAUGUUCUAUUUGUGGGGCAUCUGCGGACAUCGACUCAGGCGCAAUUUCACGUUUAAAGAAUGGGCAGCCAGUAGCCAUACUGUGA